UUAAAAAGCUUUGUUAUCUCCUGCACCUCCUCAGUGUUUCUGAUCCAAUGUGGGUGUGGUUGGGCAGCAUGUCGCCCCCUGAAAUCCUGCCGCCCUAGGCCCGGGACUUGGUGGCCUUUCCACAAAUCGGGGCCUGGGCAGGUAAUAUAGAGAGGCUGAGAUUAGCUGUGUGUUUAUAUAGGAGGAGAGGAGUCCCUGCAGGAAUGCGCAGAACUGUUCUUUUGACUAGGGCAUUCCUGAGUGCCAUGCAACAGGACUCCGUAGCCAGUCCCUGCCUCUUGCACACAGGACCUGCUGUGAUUGGAGGCAGUAAAGAGAAAGGAUGUUUAUCUUUCUGUGCAGGCAGGAGAGAGAAGGAUAACAGAGCCGGACGCUGGCCAGUCCAGAGCUGAAAGCUGCAACCUAACAGGUAACCGGCCUCCCUGGGAAUGGUGGCAGAAAAGCUGGAGAGUCAAGACACCGGCAUGGAGAAGAUACUGUCUGCUUUGCUCUCCCCUCAGCCCCAUGUGGUUCAGCAUGCGGUGGAGCAGAUAAUGUGUGCAGUGCAGACCAACCGCAAGGAGCUGGCUGACAUGCUAAUGAAGGGUGAAAGAUGUAAGGAAUACAUGGACACCCUGUGCCGCCUGCUGGACUCUUCUGAUAUCAGGCUGUGCAGUAAUGUAUCAUACAUCCUGGGCACUGUCGCUGAAGACCAAGCCAUUGCUGUAACCUUGGUGGAACUGGCAGAAGCCUCACAGAACUGGGAUUUGUUGGCAAGACUUGGAGCCAUGCUGCUGUGGGACGAUACAGAAGCCGUAAUGAAUUCUGCCGGAGCCCUGGGAACUCUAGCAGAGACAAGCAAUGGGCGCCGCUGGCUCCUCUGCUCCUCCAAGUCAGAUUUUAUCAUUGAGAAUAUUACAGCCCUGCUGAGCUCUCCCAAUGACUGGACAGCAAGUAACUGUGCCCUGGUGCUGGCCCGGAUCUCCAUGAGUCAGGAGGGCUGCUCCCGGCUCCUCGGUCACCCCCAAUCAGACAGUAUCCUGCAGAGGCUGAUAUCAUCCCUGCGUGCAGAUGAGGCAGGAUGUGGCCUGAAUGCAGCAUUUGCCCUGGGGCGCCUCUGUGAUACAGACGUGGGGAGGAUGAGGGUGCUGAGUCUGCCAGAGGCCAAUGCGAUGGUGGCUGCCCUGGGGGAAAUGAUGUCGGCAGAGGAUGAAGGGGGCAGCAGCAAUGCCUGCUUUGCACUGACUUGCCUCGCCACUGACAAAGUUGGGCACCAGUACAUUCUACUAAACCGAAACUUCUCCCAGAUUCUCGACACGCUGUGCCGCCUGCUGCAGUCAGAAGAGCAGGAAUCCUGCUGGUUUGCAGCUAUGACACUGAAGGUUUUAUCCAGCCGGCCAAAGGGGGUUAUUAGACUGCGCCAGCAUCAGCUAUUGGAAGCAGUGCUGAAGAAAGUAGUCUGCUCCCAUGACACGGGGAAGGAAGUGCUGGAAGAGGCAGAGCAGACGUUAAAGAAUCUUCAGUGUCUCCCCCAACCUGCUGCCCCCCAAGCGAAGCUCCUAGACUCAGGAUCGGUGUGGGUCAGCUGGGAGGGUCAUAAGGCAGAAAGCAGCUUUCCAGUUACAUACAGACUGUACGAUGGAGAAAGGCUUCUAUACUGUGGCCCAGCCUGCUCCUUUCAAGCCCCUCAGGGCAAACCUGGCCAAGAGUAUCACCUGGUGGUUGUCAUGGAGACUGAAGUGGACCAGAGCCAAGACAGUCCUGUUACUGUAUUGUUGAUGGAAGACCCGCUACCCAGCAGCCCACAAGACUUCAAAGUUAUUGGCCGAACAGCCACACAAAUAAAGCUAUGCUGGUCCCCUCCAGUAGACUGUGGUGCCACCAUAAAAUACUACAUAGUGUAUCGGGAGGAUGUGGUGAUUGAGACAACCUCUGAGCUAAGCUGCAUAGCAGGAGGCCUGUCCCCGAGCACCAAGUACAAAUUCAGUGUAAGUGCUUGCACAUCAACAGGCCAUAGCCAAAAGGUAUGUUUGGUUGUGAAAACAAUGGACAAUGGAGACCAUGCUCCAUGCAAACUCAAUCUGUGUGUCAUUGGCCGAAGUGAGAUUUUCAUCACUUGGGAUGGUCCCAAAGUUCCUCUUGGUAGGUUCUUCAACUAUGAACUGUGUUUGAAUGGGAAACCGGUUUACUUGGGCACAGAGCGCUCUUAUACUGCCCGUCGCCUGGUUCCCAACAUGGAGUACACCUGCACUGUCUGCGCCAUCACCAGCGAAGGACGAUAUGAGAGCCGUCCGGUCACUAAGCGCACUGCCAAAGAUGAAUACAUCAGACUUUGCAGGGGCCACACUACAAAUGGAACCAAUCAUGUCAGUAUCCAUUCGGCAGCAAGUGACUGCCUAACCAAGGCUUGGCCUAUAAAAACACAGCUUGGGAGCCGGCAAACCAGCAGAACUAAAGACAAGAAGGUCAACGCUUCAAAAUCCAGAAGAGACUCCAUCCUCUCAUGGACUACAGAAUCCAGCGAUGGUGCAGAAAGUUCAACCAAGCCCGAUGCUCAUGAUGAUGCCAUCAGUCCGCAGCCAGGGAAAAAGAUCCAACAGAACAAGUUUGGCCCUGAGAGAUCUGCAUCAAGUCAAGGCAAAAGAGCCCAAGUAUAUGCCAAGGGGAAUGUUCGGUGCUCCAUUAAGCUGGCCAAACAGAGCCUGGCAAAAGGAUCCGAUACGGCAGUAGCUUCCUCAGUUUCGUCAGACAAUAGAAAGCUGCAGAGUGAAAUGGGUUUGCGUCCCGUACCUGUAGCUUCGCUUUGCAGCCUGACGCCAGAGUCACUCCUGCUGCAGCGAGCCAAGACGGAUAUUGAUCUCACGUGGCAUCCACUGACAAAUGCUCAAGAUAAGGGAAUGCGAGAGGAUCUGGGAGAAGUGAAUAAGGAUAUGAGCCAGAGGAAGACAUUACAGGCCAUAAGAGCAGAUCCGCUGCUCAGAUUUAGGAACAGAAACCAGGCACAUAAUUCUUGGGAAAGUACUGGAUCUCUGAAGGCUGGAGAAGGAACGCUGCACAGAUCUGGUGCUCCCACUACCAACACAGAAGAAAAGAGUCGCCAGAAGCUGGAGGCUAAAAGCCCGAUGAGUAAAGAUGUACUCGUUGCACAGUUGGAUGGGUUACUGAACAGCAGUCAUCCCGCCUUCUCUCGGCUCUCUCAGGAACCUGAUCAGCAGCAAAACUUGGGGAGAAAACCAGUGAAGUCAGUCAAAGGCUACAGGAUACGAGGGUGCCUCCCAGAAAAUAUUCAGAAGGGCACUUUGGCUUUAGUAGGAUAUGCAGGUACUGGCGUCCCCCGUCCCCUGGCCCAGCACAAUCAGCUUAUCCAGUAGAAAGCCAGUCCAAAUUGUGGGCCUAAUGUCAAAGGUGGAUGGAGAUACACUAAAAUAUGCAACUCAGCAAGAACAUAUCUGAUGAAAUUGGGACCCACCUAAUGGAUAAUAUGAGAAGAAAGUGGGACCCAUAAACCACCUAUGGACAAUAAAAUAGGAAAGUGGGGUCCAUCUCCACACAAGCAGUACCAAGAUCGGCCCAGAGAGAACCCUGAGCGUCAUUACUUAGAGUUACUGUAACUGGAAACUCACACAAUACCUGUAAUUUAUGAGCAAUAUCAAAUGAACAGACCAACAGCUAGAAGAAGUGUCCUUAUUAUUAGCCAAACAAUACAGCGUUGCACCCACAGGGUGUCAUAUGUUGGAGAAAUAAAGGCCAAAUUAGGUGGAAACAUUGCUCGACACUCGUACAUAUCAUUAUAGCAACAAAGCCAGUUGGCUACGGCGAGCUGGGAGUUGCGCCAUUGGAUGUGUGACUGUUAUUUUUCUCAGUUGUAUAUAAGGAGUUCCCAACCUCAGUGACCUUUCUGCGCGAUUUGGACAAAGGGUUGGAGCCACAAAGGGUUGUGCUGGGUGUAAAUACACAAUGUGCCUACUCAUUAGAAGCUUCAUUACAGUUCAUUGCGCAAAUCAGGGCUGAUCCUAUCAAAUGUGGGGCCCAAUUGGGACCAUGUUGGCGGGGCCCCUAAACAAAGUAUUUAGGAAAA